CGGAAGCACUUCCGCUAUCGACGUUUGUCGAUUGCAAAUUUGACACGAUACUAUCAGAACAACAUCUACUUGCAAGAGAAAUAAUUUUUGGGAUUACAAAAAGAAGUGUGAUUCCUGUAAAGAUCCGCUGUCGCAAGGCAUGGGAAGCAGCCGUGAAUCUUAUAAUUAUAGACGGCGAUCGAGGGAUGGAAGGGAAGGGUAAGCCAUAAGCUGAUAUACAGUGAAUUUCAGGAUCCACAUACGUGUUUAUGACGCCUUUAACAGUUGAGUGUUCUUUGUUCUUGAAUAUACUGAAUCCCGUCUUUGAUGGACUAAAAUCGAAAUGAACCAUUUCGAAAUUUGUUUAAUCUUUAUUACAAUAUAUUAUCUAAACAGUAAAUCGCUAUCACACCUUCAACAACGCUAUCGUGUAUGCAUAUGUUAGACGAUGUAAACAAAGUCACGGCAAGUAUUUUCUGUGUGUCGUUUAAAGGCACUUCAUAGCCGUGAAACUUACGACUAGAAAAAGCGAGAAACAAUUUCUAGGUAAAACCCCUUCUUUAGGGUUUUAAACGUAACAGAUAACAGAACAUUCUUGACUAUUAGCUACUAUUGUCAUGCAAUUGGUUGAAUUUCGUCAAGACACAGAUGAAGUCCUGUCUUAAGUACUGACCGUUUGAUCGUUUGUGACCUACUAAUUGCUCUUUAAAAGUUUUAAUGUUUCCAGAUGGUGCUGCUGUUGUGAUAUAAGGUAUCCUUGACAGCUUGUUUAGUUAUUUAUAAAAACACCGUGACAAGACGGUGCUUAGAUCUCAGUCCCGAUGCAGGAAGUGGCUGAGUCAUAGCUUGACAUCUUAUACUACACCCUACUAAACACUGCCUAUGCGUAUCUAACAACGACAUUCAGAAUUAUAAUUUGAGGCCGAUUGACACUUGGAGAAAUUCUGUUUUUGAAUCUAGAACUUUGCCGAAGAAUGUGUGGGUUGACUAGUAGCGUCUUGCAACCAAGCAAUCGACCAAUUUCGAUAUUUCAAAAUUCAUGCUUAGGGAAGUGUUAUUGUGUUUAUUCAUCCCAGAGCUACAGCUGGGUAGUGAAGUGUAGUUCGAACCGGGAUCCGUGGUCUUAGAUUGGGCUGCAUUUGGCACUCGCUGUCCAGAUAUCUAUCGAUCAGUUGCAUGCACGGUCAUUUCGAUCCAGUAAUCUCUAUAAAAGACUCCGUUGUAGUGGGUCUUAGCAUGCAGAAGUUCUAAAACAAUGUGUACUGCAAACUUUUCUUAAAGGGACACACUGAGAGAAACGCUUUCUAGGUAAGUGGUCGUCCGUUUGUAGUAAGUCGUACAACCUGACGUAAGAGUGGGCAGAUUGGACUGAGAUAGUGGGAUUGACGAUGCACUGAUUAUUCUGUCCUUUACAGAACGGCUUACAAUCGCCUCCAGCACAAUGAAGCGGCAACAGAGACAGAAUUUGUGAAAGUGCGGAAAGAUUUGAAAGGUUACGUCAUCGGAAAAGAUGGGUGUUCGAUUAAAGAGAUCAUGAAGUCUUCAGGCGCACUGAUCACAUCGCCGGGAAGAAAUGACGAAGGAUUUUUUGUCCGGGGGGAUGCUGGACAAAGAAAAUGUGCUAAGAGGCUCAUAUUAGAGAAAGCAGUAAGUGCGGCGUGUAAUAAUAACAUAAUAACAAAUAUUAUGGAUUUAGGGUGAUUCAGUGUUUGUUAUUUGUAUAAGGCUAAUUGCUUGCAUGAACCGUUAGUCUUUCCAUUGUGCCCAUAAUAAGGCAUCAAAUAAAUUAAACAUUUUUCCUGUCAUCUGGAGACACAUAAUAACUACAGUUGGAUUUUUUUAAUACUAUAGAUUUAUAAUAGGUGCACGCGUAUUAACAAAUUUACUUACUUCCGGGGUGAGGAAGUCAAAUAAUUUCCCUUGCUCUUUCCUCUACAGCACGAAUUACAGGUGAAGAAAUCUGAGAUAGCUCCGACUUUUGAAUUGGUCGAAAUUCCAAGUGAAUGCAAAGGCUUUGUGAUAGGUAGAGGAGGAGAGAACCUGAGACAGAUCAGCAGUCAAACAGGAGCAAAUUUGAUACGUAAAGAUGGUAAUGUGUACCUUGCCAGCGGAACAGAAGAACAAAGGCAACGUGCUAAAAAAUGUAUCAUAGAAAUGGUGGUGAGUCAUCUGCUCAAAUUAUCUUAUACGGCAAUUAUCAGGCCCUGAUUACAUGAGACUGGUGAAAACACAUACCAGUAAGACUGGUGUAAGAUCAAUCUCAGUGCUAAUGCCUGCUUCUGCUAACUGAAGAUAUGGGUUCUCAGAUUAUUUGCCAGAGUGGUGUUAUGUACAAAGGCCCAUCUAAAGGCCCGAGUUCAUGAGGCCUUAACAGCCUUAAAAAAAAAUAUAUAUAUAUGUUUCAUUAAAAUAAUUAACUUUGGCCACAAAAAUCAUCCAUCUACGAAUACGGACCAAUACGUAAGUACAAUUGUUGCUAGUAGGUUUAGCCUUCAAGAAGACUGUCUGUAUACAACUGGUUAUUUAUAGUCUUUGUUGACAGCAGGUAAAACAAGACUAAUAAAAGGUUCACUGUCUUGUUUUCUGGCAUAAACGCAGAGGAGGAAAUCAGAAGAAAACGCUCCACCUGGUGAAUUUGUGGACAUUCCGAGCGCAUUCAAGGGAUUAAUCAUGGGUAAAGGGGGAGACAAUCUCAGUUUUAUCAGCACUAAGACAGGAGCAAAAUUGAUUCGCAAAGAUGGUGAGGUGUACAUAGUAAGUGGCACCGACGAACAGAAGGAGCAGGCCAGACUGCACAUUAAAGUAGCUAUAGUAAGUAUACUGAAAUAGCUUAAUUUCCUGUUAUUAUAUUCUUGACAGCAUUGGCAAUAGACGAAUCCAUUAUGUAUAAGGCAGGCGUUAGUUCUUUGAAUGAAAUUUGACGUAAACAUUGAGAUGCAAAGUGCUGCUCAGAGGGGCUCGAACCUGGAACCUCAGUCGUACACAACCAACCACCUCUUCAAUCCAUUCACACUAUGCAAUAGCGGCUAGUUUAACACAUACAACAAACAGUGCUCAAUUUUUGUCUCUAGGCUGGAGCAAGACUCAGGGGUUUAGAAAACGAAUUCGCCAAACCUCGUGUCUACAUUGAUAGCUGGAAUCUCCCUGAGGACUGUGAAGUUAAACUGAAGAAGUUGGUGAAAGAAGAUCGUAUGGUACAUCCAGGUUGGGAUAAACAGUUCAGGCUAAUACCCUCUGAUCACAAUGAGCCACAGGUUUGCAAGAAUGUUUUGUUCUUACUUCCUCAAGCUACGUUAAGAUGAUCACAUUUUACCUACGUAACCCAGUGUAAAAAGUGUAGUGCACGUGCAACCUUGAGUUAUUACCGGUUCUCAAAAGAUGUCAUGUCAUGUGUCUAUUCUCAAAGGACAAAGGAAUUAAAUUCCUCACGUUAUGCCUAGCUUCUUUCUCUCUCUGUUAUAUCGCUUUUAAAAUCCUUUUAUUAUAGCUACUGUACUGAUAAUCGAUAAAACAGCCUGUCGUUUCAAUGGCUAUAACUCACUGAGGUUGCAAAGCUAGCAAACCAAAAAUUUCCUUCCGUACUUAGCCUCACUUGUCCAAAGGAACAGGACACUGAGGUGGUUUCGUUUCUUACAGCACUGAUAACAACUUUUUAGUGUAACGUGUGUUUAUUAAAGCCGACCUACCUGCCUUUUGUCAAGGUCUCCAAUUCUACUGAGGACCCACCCUAUUUGUCACAACUUGCUGGUGACGCUUUGGAGUCUCUUAAAAAAAUAAAGGAACAAAUGACGACAGAAGAGUACCUUAAGGCCGACAUGUGGUGUCACUUUGGAAGAGCUAUCAUCCGGGGACCUGACGAAGGUAGUACUUUCUUUCAGUCAUGCCCACGACGCUCGUAAGCCCAUGAGAUUGAGACUUCCCUUCCCAAUUCUGACGAGUUGCAUGCACGCCCAAAGAUAUAGAUCGAUAAAUACCUCGUGGAGCAAAGUUUCUUGUCUAAGCAAACAGGGGCUCUUUGCUCGUUUCCAGUGACCUUUCGAGGCAAGAUGUUUUAAAUUAGAAAUAAUCCAAGAUUUAAUGGUUUUAAAAGUAAGGAAACUCCACGUUCACGACACAAAUAAGGCUAGAAUCUGCAGCAUGCUCUAUAUUCAAAUUGACGGACUCUUUUAUUGUCUCAGAGGAAGCUGAGGAAGGAGAGUGGACUAUCGAAGAUGUAAGAAAAAGGUUUCAAAUCGACAAUGGAGAAAGUCUAUGGAGAACUUCACUCAAGGAAGGAGUUGAUCUAGAUGAAAACAUCUUGGAAAAAAUCAGUGACUACGAAAGUACUCGUGAAGAAUAUGUUGACUAUGUGGCAAGAUAUGACUUGGCAUUUUUAACGCCACGUGGUAAUGAAAUAAGAUUCAAGGUAAGGCCGCCAUUGAGCGCUUCCAGCAUGUUCGUCUAACAUCAUCCAACAUUAAAACAGUGAAAUACCAUCAACUGACGUGAUACAAGUAACAACUCACUUUGACUCUGAAAAUGACUACCACACAGGUUGUCAAAACGUCAGUCACUGUUAACAACAGUCAGUCCUAUUCAGGGCUACACUGUCGAUCACAAUCAUAUUCCACCUGCUUAUCAUCCAACACAGAUGGAUGCAGCCUGCUGGAUGCACUUUAUCUCCUUGUUUGACGAUGUUCUCAUAGUUUAACGGAUUCAACAUUGGAUGAUGUCGUAUUCAUCAGUCGAGUGUUCGAUUGAGCCAUUGGUCAGGCGAUGAUGGUAACUACGUGACCAUCAUUGUCGGAUGGUGUUGAACCCACAUGUUAGUAGACACUAAGCUCAAACACCGACUUUCACCAUCGUCCUUUAAUAUUGUAACGACUGCCUACUCUACUCACGCUGGUGCUCCUCUUAUAGAAGCGACUAAGGGGAGCCAAUGUCAGUUGAUAUUCAAUAGCCCAAGUUCGAUAUAUUGAAAUUCUAACACGACUCUGAGGCCUUCCGGUCAUAUUUCUUUAUUGGUUUUUUGUGCUCAACUCUUUUCUGGGAAUUGCGAGACAACGGUGAAAAAUUUGCAAUUUUGUCCCUAAAGCCUCGGAGUCAAGUAAGAAUUUUAAUUUAUCGACCCGAAGAUUGGGAAUUUAAGAAAGGGUACGACAGAGCCGCCUCCUACUGGAUUACUAUACUAGGUGUCAUUUGGUUAUUAGGAUCUGCUAACUAUCCACCUUUAGAGAUAAUUAGGACUGCAUACUCGGAGAUGAAAUUAUAAUUGAUAGAGAGGAUUAGUUCCCUCUAGUAACUAUUACUGACAUCGUCGUGAGGAUAACGGGUCGGAGGAGCUCUUGUGGCCAAUCGGAAACAUGGAAAUAGAAUGCUUGUGGAAAAUGUUAGCUUAUGUGCCCAGAGGCGUCUUCCUUUUUUUUCUAAAUCUUGUCUGGAAUGAUUACCGCUGUUAACAUUCCCGUCCCGUUUUUGCCCCCACCUGGUCAAUGAGAUUGCUAGUAAUGCAAGAGAAGAUCCUCAAUUCAGACCUUUGUUAGCCUAUUCUCUCCAGGCGUUCAGAUAAUGGAGAGUGGCGCAAAACUGGAGGGCUCACCUUUUUUGCGCCGGCCCUCCUAUCUGAACGUCUUUAACCGGCUAGACCUUGCUCUUCUUUCACAGGUUUGGAUCACAAGAAACAACACUGAUAAAAAGUUGGAAGACAUUCCAAUUCCUUACAGUGAUGUGAAGAACAUCCUGGAAGAAAUUCAUUUUAAAGACGAGGCAACGCGAUUAAGGUGUAGAGGAUGGCUGGUGCUUCCAUCUAGAAAAUAUCUGCAAGCAGAUAUUUUGUUUCCCGGUUGCGAGUUUGACUGUAGGCUCACUAUUCGUGGGCGAAUGGGUAUGACUUUGAUUAGAACACCUUAAAGAGUGACAGUUGUAAUAGCUACAAUAAGUAAAAUAGAAGAGGGUUAGUAGAAAUGUCCAUCGAAAUUUGUGUGGUUAAAAAUGUCGGAUUUAACUGUAGAUGUACAGGUUUUAAAACUACUACUUUGGGGGCUAAACUGACCCUAAGAGUGACAUUUUAGGAGGAGAACUACGUCUCUAGACCCUAAUUACUCGCCUGGGGUUUUUUGAAAUUACUCAGAACGUAAUUUGGGAUUACGUUUUGGAUAUUUUGAGCUUUUGAGUAACUAGAGUAAACUUAAGUCGUAGCCGCCUUUCCUCUCGACAAAAAUCUGCUAGUUGCCGUGCCUUAUCAGGCUGGCGGACAAACCACCCGACCUCAUAAAUGAAUGGACGUAACGUCACCCCGUGUGGUAAUUGGGCCGCGAUUCGAGUCCCUAAGUUUCCGCUCCGCAAGCUGUCCUAUUCACCCCUUUAAUGACCGUUUACAGAGUGUUGGUAAUUACUAAAGCUUUGACUUCAUUUUCUUCUAUCCUUAGAAAGUGCAAUCCCGGCAGAUUAUGCACCGAAAGAGUCGACACAAGCGUUAUCGGAAUAUUUGAGCAGACUGACCUUGACAGAAGAAAAUGGUCUUGAAAUUUGCGUCCCAGAGAGAGAUCCACCUGAAGGAUUUCACUUGAUCCACAAACGACGGUCCGAACGAUCUCUUUACGAAAUUUAUCCAGGAUUUGCAGUUAUUUUUUCUAAGGAGAGCUCUUGGCGUAGCGAUAUAUCAACGGAAGACUCGAGAGAAUCGGUAUGAAUUUAAAAGAGCAUACACUCAAUUUCGAACUAAGAUCAACUCUCUGUAGGUAACACAUUGUUUGGACCAGUUCUUAAGGUGAUGUUACACGAGACGAUUCGCAACGACGAUUUUUAGCACAACACAGCGCAACAAUGUUGGAACAAUUUUGUGACCAUUCGUAACAAUGUCGCAACAAUGUUGUUGCAACGCUGUGUUGCGCUAAAAAUCGUCGUUGCGAAUCGUCUCGUGUAACAUCACCUUAACUGUCCGUCUAAGGGAGGUGUCAGCCUAUUUUCAAGGGCUAUAGAUGUAAUGAGUUAUCUGUAAUAACCCCAACGACUAUUUCUCGUAGGAGCCCGAGAAAAUAAAUGCCAAAUUUCAAAAAAUGACAUCUUACACAUGAAAUUUUCAGAAUUUUACCAGUUUUUACAAUUCUUUUGAAAUUUGACAUUCGUUUUCUCGCUUAAUAUACGGACACAGAAACAAUUUCCGCUUUCCGUUUUCGUAUUUAUUGACUCUUUGGUUGUCUCUGCUUCACAAGACGCGGGUGGCUAUGCGAUUUCCCGGCGAAAUAUCCUCGAGUUGCAUUUGGGUUGCCAUACCUGUUGAUUGAGCUAGUUUACAUUGGUAUGCCUGUAGUGUGGACGGACGGUCGGUCGGGCGUACGGUCACGUGAUUACCAAAAUUUUUUCGGAUGGGUAGAUUAACACAUUUUCUUAGGUAUGGGGCUACCCUCUCGCGCGCUUCUUGCGGGCGAGCGUAGCCCCAUACUAUUUUUUCCCGUUAUUUUCUUGCAGACCGAUCUUCAUCUACACUGUAGAGAGUGGGACGAGUUACUCAAUAGCGGAGAAUGGGAACCUGAACAAAUAACUGCGAAACUUCCAGAGUUUUUUAGGUUCGUAAAGGAAGUACAACGAUUUGUUCUUCAAGAAAUGCGGACAAAAACUGAUCAAUAGGGAUUUGUAAGCGUCGAGUAAAACGGGAAGGCCCUUUUCCAGGCUAAAGGUUAUUUGUGCAUGUGUGUGCUUUUACCUUGUAAUUCUUGCGACUUUGGGGCCGGAGGGAUCCGAAGUGCUCGGAGCGGAAUAAUCUCCCGGACCAAGGACGAGAGCAAACAACAAACUCAACCCACACACGACGACAACAGUCGGACUCCAACUCGGGUACACAUAGGUGGACUGCGAGUGCCCUCAAUGCUGUACAAGCCAUACUUCCCAACAUGGUUGAAACCCAUGGGUAAAUUCACACAGGGCGAAAUGUUAUUAAUGCUCAAAAGGGUUUGAUGCCCACUCAUGUAACUCACGACCUUGACUUAGGAAAUAGCUCUUACUCUAAAGAGAAAAACAGAGCAAAAAAAUAAAUUUAAUUCGAUUAAUUACUUUCAGAAAAGUAUAUGUAGGGGGUAUCUGACGGACGCGUUUAGAAAGGGGAUGUUUAUAGUAGAAAACUCAUACCGGCGCGAGUUUCAUACCGGUGUCACAGUGAUAUGUGUAUCCCCGUGCUAUGUGUAUCCCCAUACACAUAUCCCUAGUGAUAUAUGUAUCCCGGGUGGGGGUACAAUAAACACUGAUGCUCAUCCACGACACAAUAAGGAAAUAUCUUCUCUUGCUAAAGAAAAUGCCGUCGAUAUCAUCUAACAUAACUAGUAACACAACUAGGGUUAAGACAGGAAUCAAACAACAUGCAAAGGUGGAAUAUUGUGGCGCUCGCAGAAGGGAUACACAUAUCACUGACCCGGCGCAGAGAUAUGUGUAUCCCCUCUCUAUUUUUUGACUUUUCGGGUUAUCCCUUGCUGAAUGAAAUUUUUUCAGUCAUACUUAUUUAACGCGACUAGAGACAGAUGAAUUUUUAUCACGUUGGAUAGGGAGAGGAGCGAGAACGAAUGUUUACAUCAACAUUGCGGCCCACGAAGAAGUAAACUCGCCAGAGACAGCGUUGCGAUUAUUUUGUCUCGAAUCGUUGCUCUUUUGUCGAUUGUGUUGCUCGUAAUCUUGAAUCAUUUGAAGUCCCCUUGACGACGAUUCGCAAAAUUCACAAAAACAACAAAAAUAAAACCGACACUUGUUUGGAGGGGUGGGGGGUAGGGAUACACAUUUCACUAGCAGCCAUAUUGGAGGGAUACACAUAUCACUAGGGAUAUGUGUAUGGGGAUACACAUAUCACGGGGAUACACAUAUCACUGUGACACCGGGAUGACUUCUUUAUUUCGCAUCCCGUUAUGAUGACUGGGUCAUCAUGUAAACGUGUUGAAGCUGACGAAGCCAUCUAAUGUGUGAAGCGACAACGGUAGUAAGAAAACAAUGUGUCUAUUGCUAAAAUAACUCACUGUUGAUCAAAGUCAUGGAGGUUUUAAAAUUGACAAAUUACAAUCCAAGCCAUAAUAAACCAAAUGGGACAACUUUGCAAUUCUAAGGACAAGUCGAUUUAACCUGUGAGCCCAUACCUUGGGGCACGUACAUCAGUAUACGAAAUACCUUUGCUCAUGACAGCAAGGCUAAAGGUUUGUUUAGUCAACGAGGUUGUACAUGUUUGGGUCGACGAAUAUGACCAAAAAAAAAAGGUUUUACCAAUCUUGAGAGUCUGCAAUAACAGUUAAGCUAUGAAGCAUUUAUAACUCAAUUAAGACUGGUUAAGCUACCGGCAAAACAUCACUGAAACAUAUGGAUGCCACAGCUUAAUGCGUCUGUAAAGUCUAAGUGUUUAGAUAAAUUUCAUUAUCAUAAAUUACAGAAAUUACGCUAUUACAAUAGAACUAUGUCGAAUCAAGUAGAGGUAUAGUUUCAUUCUUAGGCUUAACUUGUUUACUGACCUCAGAGACAAAAACAGGAGGAGAAGGUAUAUAAGGCUAUUUUUACAGUAGCGUUUCAUUAUGGAUGAUUUCAUGUGAUUUUUCUCCCAAUCUUAACGCAAACUGGCACUUUUUCCUAUUCAACAAUCAAUUUACGGUCAUUUAGGCGGGCAAAGCAAAGUCCACGAUGCCUCGUUCCACAUGCAAAGUGAGGUAUGCAAUGUGAAUAACAACCAAGACUUAAAACAAACGAAAUGUCAAAACAUUUCGUGCUGGAAUCAGUUGACAUCAAAUGUGACGAACUGUGAAUGCCCCAGGGGUAAUAAGGAAGUAAUUUUUAGAGGAGCUAAAAUUAAUUAAAAGUAUUACAUACUAAAAUAGCACCAAGGUUUUUGUUAUUUUCUGUUGUUAACAGGUAGACAAAAAGAAAAAAUCUUAAAAAGGCCCAUUUUGCUCGCAGUAAGUCUUGUUUCUACGUUUGUUUGUCUUGAUAUUUAUUAAAUUACACCACGCCUUGAACAAGUUGGAAAAGGCCACCACGGUUUAAAUCUUUCGUAAAUUAUUUGUGAGAGGCGAAGGGCAGUUAACAAAGACGGUCAUCGUAAAGCAGACAAGCGUAAAACCCUAAAGCCAUCUACUUACUCUCUGCCUUACUUACCCCUAACAAAGGGAAAGAGAAUUAAAACCAAGGAUAAAAUUGAAGCACGACUUAUAUACUGCAAACGUAGCAUGAGCAGUUUCAUUAUUGGGGGCAGGCGUACGUUACUGCACUUAAUUUUACCCAUAACUGAAAGUGUGGAACCUCCGAAAAGCGGCCACACAAAAUGUCUAACCCAGUGGUCUCUGACGAGAGGAAGUCGCUUUCAUUCCAGCUCCAAUAGUGGCUUACGUUUUGAGAUAUAAGCGCGGACUUCGCCUACUCCUCACCCUUGAGGGCAACGCAUAACGACUUGACAUUUCAAUCCUAUUUUUCCUUUGGUUGCGAUAAUAGGUUCAUAUCAAACUCAAAACUAUGUUGAAACCCAGUCAAGAUGAAAGAUUCUAGAGGAAAACCAACCAACCAAACAAACAACCAUCAACAAACCAAAGAAAAAAAAGCUUGAUUUUCAAGUAGCUUUUAACCUUGCUCGCUUUUACUUUAUGCGGAGGAGUGUCGCUUACCGCAAAAAUGGAACCUUAAAAGGAAAGCUAACAUGUAUAAAAUAGAAAAGAUAGUUGAAUUUUGGACGAAUUCCAGUCUAGAUUUAUACAUUCUGCUUUUCCCACCCUUCCUCUACUGAUAGCCACGGAGACCUGCAUUGUUCUUAGCACGUGAAAUGUGCGUGAUAUGUUAUGCAAUUCAGCCGAUUUCGGAAAAUGAAAACAUGCUAACGACGCAGGUCUGAAAGCUAAAUGCAUGUCUGAAAGCCAUAUGGAAUAACGUACAGCUCGAGUGUGCAUUUUCCUGUCAUCCAAAGACUCUGAAAAGUGCUUGAAGCCUGUGCAUUGUAGGUUAUAAAUUCCGCUUUUGGCAGGUGACAUUCAUAUCAAUCACAAUAGCGUUCGUUUAAGAAGACAAUUCAGGAAAUUCGGCUUAUUUACACAACUCUUCAGUGGCUACCGGCUUUAAUUGACUUUUUGAACCCCGCUGAUUUCGUCAACCUGUAGCUAGAGUCAUAGUCCUUAUGGGUCCUUAUGGUUCUCCAAUAAAGAUACACAAAUGGACAACAAAACAGACGAGUUACAAAUAAACGGAAAACGGCUUUUAGUUCGAAGAGCAUCAACGCCAGCUCCUCGUGUUUACACGAGAAGGCCAAGCUUGGAGCGGAGGCGAAUAACCGCUCCAGCUAAAUUGGAAGUAACAUGGGAACCUGUGUUGACGUCACCUUACAGUAGCGAUCAAGGAAUGAUAAAAGGUAACAGAGAGUUAAGCUCACAGGGCACCAAUACGUCACAAAAUGAAAUCAAGCUUCCUCCAUUAAAAGACGGACUGAAACAGAGCUCACUAAGUGGGCAAAGGGAUCUGGCAGCGAUUGAUAAGACGAGGCUGACAAAUCGACACAGCCGGGCUGAAAAUACGAGUGUCACAACAAAUCCAUUCAAGACUAAUCAAAGACGCUUCUCGUCUCCUGGCCAAUUGUGUUGGAACAGAGACCAUCAAGACGGACAGGCAAACGCUUUGGAACAUUUUAUCAGAAAUGAAGAGACAAAUUUUGACCACGAAAAAGAGAAAGCCAUUUGUGUGUUCAACUGGCUAUCCACCCAGAACUCUCUGAUGAAAUCCACCAGGUAGUUCAGCGUUUGUUGCGGUGUUGUGUGUCUUUUUUAUAUUUAACCUAUGAAGAGUGUUAUCCACGAAUGAAUCUUUAAUUGAUAACAGUCAAGCGGCAGAUGAAGCCCAAAAUUUAACACUGCAACGAAUAUUUUUAAAGAGCGCAUUAUGUCAGUGACAUUUAGAGAGAACGUUUCAAAAAUGAUGAGAUACCAACAGAUACAAAUACAUUAGUGUGAGUAGACUUUAUCCUCUGUUUCGCCUGAGUAAAGUUGUAACCGUGUAGAGUUAUGUAAUCAUUAAUUAAGAGUAGUUUUAGCCCUUUUAACGCUCCAAUCCUAAAAGUAGCCAAAAUUCUUUUUGAAAACUGAUCCCGUAAAAAAUAAAUUUUUCCACGCAAAAGUUCUGUAAAAGAGAGUUUUUUUGAAUGGUAGCACCACAGGAUUUCGUCCGCAGAUUCAAACAUUGUAGUGACAAAUAAAAUUGUCCAAGAGGGAGAGAGUUAAUUUUUUGUUAACAGGGCUUGCAAACCAAGGCCGUUGCGAUCUGUAAAUUACCUAUAUUAAAGUGGAUUGCUGCUUUUGCUAACAUUAAAAUACAGUUAUGAUUUACAGAUUUACUUUUGAUGUUACUCGUGUACGCCAACAACAACCUUAUAAGCAAGACAAAUUUACUUUCCUAUUUUGCAAAUUCAAGUUUAGGUUAUUGGUUUAAUUUGGUGAUGAACAUCAGAAAAAGACGUUAUUUUUUGAUAUCGGGUGCCCAUCAACACUUUAUUACUUGUCUCUAACUUUUCCUUUGGCAAUAACCAUUCUUUUUAACAACGACUAAAUUAACAGGAGGAGGGAAAUAAACAAAGUCCCUCUGUCCGUGUCUAAGGGCCUGUUUACAUGGAGUGGGGGACCCCGGUCUAGUGGGGUAAGUUUCUUUUGUUUUCACGCUCCGGGGGACACAAAACAAAAGAAACUUACCCCACUAGACCGGGGUCCCCCACUCCAUGUAAACAGGGUCUAAGAUGACAAUAGUUGUAUUCCGUGCGUCGGACUAUUCUGAUCUGCAGAGAAGUUGAUUGCACGGACUCCUAAUAUUAAGUGAAUAGGUAUGCCAAGCUGAAUCAGCGGCUAUCGCUUCUCUUUUCUAUAAUGCCUGUCAGCAAGGCAUUGCAACGAGCCUGUGUUUACCAAAACCAACAAGGAUAGUGACAAUUAUGUAUUAACAUAAAAUAUAAAUAAUCUGGAUUGAUUUUGCGCGCGCGCAGAUUUGCAGCCUAGGGCGGGAAAUAGUUUCUUGAAUAUUUCAGUAAUCAACGCCUCAACAUUCACAGGAUUUAAAUCAAGAUAAACCGUUUAAAAUAGCAGAACUAUGCGUUUUGCUUUUGUUUUUUCAAAGGCUUAUCUCGACUUGUCAACGCUCUCUUAAAGAGUUCUUAAUCAUAUGGCACUUUAUCUCUUCUCGAAUGGCUUAUGUACACUUUGGGCAUUUGUUUCGUAACUUUUAGUUGUGCGUCAGGUUUUCACUUAUUUCAGAAAGUCUAGAAAAUAGUCUUGAUCGAAUAUUGGCAAAGACAGUCACAAGAACAUGAAAGCCACAAACUCUCUGGAUGGAAUCGGUAGUGAUUUGCAUUGAAAAAACAAUGGACAACCGGCUUUUAAGGUAGGGCGUCGAAAAUAGCAUCGCUUUAUUUGUGGAAAAACGUUCGACAAUAUCUCUCUGAAUUUUUCCGCUUGUUUCCCCAUGAAAAUUGAACCCAGAUGUAUGGGCAAGACUCAUUAGGGGAAAAAAUGGAACGACUUCCCCUACGAACUGGGUGGUCAUGUCACUGAAAAGAGAAAAUCACUGAAAAUCACUGAUCAGCAAAAUUACACGCAAACCUCAUGCAAACUUUUCGUCCCCCACGGUAUUAUUAAUUAAACCCAAGUGUUUGAACUCUUUGCCCGGAAAUUCCUAUUCGGUUUUGUUAUAAAGAGUUUGCCGUUGAAUGAUUCGCUUUCGUUGCAUUCCCAGGAAGUUCAGUUUCUAUUGUUCAAAUAGAAAGCACCAUCAUUCUUUGCGACCGUAGUGACAGCUCACCCGGAAGCACUUCCGGGAUGCUGUGUUGAUGUUUUUCUCUCGAUUACUUUCUUGUAAAGUCGCUUUCUUGUUGGGUGUAUUUGUUAAGGAAAAGUUAGAACUAAGAAUUUUGCGUCAAAUGAAAGAAAAACAUGGCUAGCGAGGGCUAUGAUCGACGGCGAGAGCGGUAAGUCAUCUUAAAGUUCUUUUAUUUUUUAGUCGACUCUCGGAUUUUGUUUAUUGUGUGGUUCUCAACUCACAUAGUUAGUAAAUACCAUGUUAUUAUUUUCUUUCCGUAGAAGAAGGGUAAUGAUAAUAUCAAUACUAAGAUACAACGAACGCACAUUUCACUGGGCAAGGAAAUAAAUUUGCUUGACAUUCGUUUCCUUGUUUAAGAUCGACUGAACACUCACUAGGAAAUGCCGCUUAUUUUGGCGACCAUUGAUGUCAACUUGAAUUUACACUAAAUGAAUUUAUACAACCUUUUAACAAAAGUGGCAGUUAUAAACGCUCUCGCAAAUCAAAAUAAAUUUCGCAGGAAGUAAUUUACCCAGCAGUAGUUAUCUGAUGAGUUGUUUCUUUAAGCUGUUCAGUUAGUAGCUAUAAAAACUGUAACUAUCUGUUCGGAAGACGAUUUGAGAACUAGAAUUUUCGGAACAUUUGUUGUAAAAUUUUUUGCUUGCCUGCCUCUCCUAGGAUUUUCGAGCAUCUACAAAAUGGUAUAAUUACCCAUUUUAAACGGGUAUUUACCCUAAAAAAGGCCACCUAGAAUUUUCGGGAGCUUUUUCCUGGCUGAAAUUUUCGAAAAGGUACGUUUUGAUCCCUAUAAUUUUCGGAUCACUAGACUUUCACCUAGGAAAUCCGAACAGAUGAAAAACUUUUAGGGGAUAAAAAUAUGCCUAUAUCUACCGUUUAAAUACUAAAAUACGUUCAAAAAUGCUAUGUUAAGUGGUUUUGAACUAUAUCCUCGUUGGGUGCCCCUGUUUUUUGAGAUUACAUCUAAGAGUGAACAUUAAUGAUUGAAACCAAGUCAUGCAAACAAAUGUCAGCGAACCUUUUUCACUUUAAAUUUUGCAUAAUCUGUAAUCUUUAUCAUGAUUGGACUUUGCACUGUUUGCAGUAAGACGAGUUAAUUCAUACAUUCCUUAAACACCGUUGAUUACAAACUCGUGCCAGUUACGUAUCAUUGCCGACUCGUUUAGUUCAGUCGCCAAGAGGCUGCCAACUUUGUGCAUGCAAAUCCGUCUUAAAUAUCUUGUAAGCGGCAACCAAAAUGCCAAAAAGUGGCUAUAUGUUGGUUUCAAAGGGCUUUCCUUGUAGAAGUCAUAUCAACAUUGCAAUUGACUGAAUUGUUUCAUAAAUAUUUACAGCAAUCUUCUAAUCAACUUACCAAAUGUCACUGAAAUGUGGAACUAUAAAUACGUGUAUCGCAGAAACUCGCGAAGCUCAUGGGGGAGGCUCGUAAAAUGUCAGGGAUGGAGGCGGGAGAAUUGGAGUAAAUGUGUAACUGGGGAAGGUGAGAUGUAGUUAAUCCUCUUUUGCUCAGAGUAAAUUUGAACCCAGUCCUCUGGCAUUAAAAAGGAUCUUCCGGGAUUUAAAUGGGGUGUUGUUAAGGAACGGUGGCCAAUGUUUCAUAGGUCCGGUGUUCACCCCAUUUGACCCUCCAACAUGUGUAAUUAUAGUCAAAAGGAAAUGGGUGUGAUAGUGAAUAACUGAAGGCAAAUAUGCAGUAGCAUUUGCUUUAUAAAAGCUAACCCAUGCCAUGUCUAAUAAUGUGUAAAUUGUAUAAUCAUUUGUGAAGUGUAUCAGUAGUAGUAAGUGGAUGAAAUGGUAGGGGAUAAUGGGCCGCAGUGAAAACAAUUAGUAAAUGCUGGUAAUGGGCAAAAAAAUGUUUAUUGUUAAGUGAACUACACCAAUGAGAGUGGUUGCACUUGUUGUAGUACAUAAUCACACUUGAGAAUUAAUUGUUUGUAACAGUAAGGUGCAAACAUAAUCUUUAAAAUAGAAAUUACAUGUAGCAAUGUCAUUAAGGAUGCAGUUCAGGAGAAUUAUGAAAGUGAUCAUGACUCAUGAUUACUGAAUAUGGAAGCCUUCGUUAGCUCUGAAUCCCUGCUAAAAGUACCAAAUCAUUUAUGAAAGUGUUCAUAGUUAUUUUGUGUACAUGCAUGAAAAACAAAUACCCCUGCAAGAGUGAAUUUGUAUGAAAUGUUCCCAUACAAGUCGUGUUGAAGGUGACCAUUUUCUCAAUUCUUGCAUGCAUGAGCUUGUUGAGACAUAGAGGUAAUUAGUUUUUGAAGUUCCCAGACUGACAGUCAAAUGUACACUUUCCCUGACCAAAGGAAUUGACACUUUGUCCAGAAAAAUGGCUUCCAAAUUACGGUCAAAACUUUGUGUACUGGACAUAGAUGACUUAACACAAAGGACCUCUUUAUUUUCUGUUGAGGGAAAAAUCUGCUUGGUAUUGUUUAAUGGUUGUUGUUCUUUUGUUUAAUGUCAUCUGUGUCCGGUACAUAGAGUGCAGAGUGGAUUGAUCUUGUAGGAAACCCUAUAUCAUCUGCUAGUCGUUUCAUUUCUUGAAACAAUAUUCUGGCAAUGGAACAUGUUUAACUUCUGAGAAUAUGCAGAAAUAUAUAUAUAUAUAUCACCCCCGUCUGACUUCUUUGAAAGAGUUAAAUUUUCCCUGUCUUUCAUAUGUAUACUGAAAUUCCCUAACUUGUUAAAUUGUCCCUUACGGGGAAAAGAAUAAAUUUUCCUGGCAUCGAUGGCAACUAUGUCACACACUAUAAACAUUCUAAGGAGAUCCGAAAUACAGAUGUUCUUUUCGAAAAACAAAUUAGCAUCGAAAAUGGAGGCCAGCAAUAAUAAGUUUUUGUUAUGUUUGACUUAAAAGACACAGCUGUGGUUUUGUAUAAGGCUGCUAUACACUAUAUAUAUUUAACUUGGGAUGGUUUUGGCCAUGGGGAAGUAAGCUUAUUAAAAUGUAAUGAAAAUUGUAAACGAAAAAUUUGUCCAAAAACGAUGUUGUUUACAAAUGUAACGCUUCCCUUAAUGUCGAUUAUUGGUGUUCUAAACUGUUUACUGUAAAAUAAAGCUUACUGUAAAACCCAUUGUUGCUCAAGGUGUAAAGAUAUUCUUGUCGUGCAUUGCACAGAUCGUGUAACUCUUGCUGCCUAUCGUUGCAUCGAAGAAGAUAAUUUUGACUGUAAAUUUCAGGCGUUGCCUCUCCUGAUCGCUUUUUGAAGCAUCGGCAGUCAUUGUUUCCUCUCUUCAUCAGUUUCGUUUGUAGUGUAAUUGUAAUAUGAUUUUGUCGCUGCCUCUAUACAUGUUUGUGGUUGACGACGAUGCCUUAACUGCACUAAACGAUUUUCUCUCUGCUCCGCGGUUUCUUGUUCUCGUCUUCCUCUCCGCUGGCGAAGAAUUUCAAGUCGGCGUUCUCGCUCCAGAAGGAGUUUCGGUGGAAAAUCUUCCUCGGCGAGGAUUUGCAGCCACUUGUGGUUGCUGUUCUGUGUCAUUUGCAUGGGAAAUUGCUCGUGAUACACCAAUCCGGUAAACACUGUUUCACAGACGAUAAAUACAGCCAGGAAACCAAAAAAGGCUUCAUGACGUCACGCUACACCUGACGUCAGGGUGGACACAAGAGAAAUAUUCAGAAAUUAGGGCAACCGAUUUUGCAGCUGGCCAAGUCCACGCGACGUACACGCGCUUCGUGCCCGACGAGAUUAUAAUCCUGCGUCGCUCACGGUCUUCGACCGCUCGCUUCGCGAGAAUAAGUUGCCAUUUUCAUGAUAGUAAAAGUUGAUUAAACGUAGUUCUCUAAAGUUUACUGCAAGGAAUUACGAUUUGAACAUCUGUAAAACACAAUAUAUUUUUGAUGUAUCUUCUUAUCUCUUCAAAAUCUUCAGACUUUCUUAUACUGGUAUAAAAGAGGAAACUGCUGACGAGACAGAGAGCGAGUUUGUAGAGGUGCCAAUAGAACUAAAGGGUCAUGUUAUUGGAAGGGGCGGCUGCAUGUUGCAAGAAAUCAUGCGUCAGUCUGGAGCAAGAAUUAGCUCACAGAGCAAGGAGGAGAGAGGAUUCUUAGUAAACGGUGAUAAGGAGCAAAGAGCAUAUGCAAAGAAGCUUAUAUUGGAAAAAGUAGUGAGUAACAAAUACAAGUUGUUUCCUUAAGAAUUUUUGUUAUACUUUUAAUUUUUACCUGACAACAGUCCCCACUUCUAAAGUUCCAACUCAAGACACAAGUAAUAUCACGUCAUAAUAUCCGCGGAAGAGGGAAAAAGACCUUAGGUAUCCAGUAGUCUUAUUGUCGUUAAGGGUACAAAAAGGACUAUUCCUGGGUCAUUAAGAAUGACGUUGGAUUGUCAGAAUCGACACACACACACACACACACACAAAAAUCCAACCAUCGUUUUAUGGAAGCCACGUGGUCUUCGUGACGCAAUACACAGUUAGUUAUUCUGGCGUGUGGAAUUUUUUAAAUUAAUUAAAUUUCUAUUUUCUGGUUUUAACUUCGUGAUAGGUUAUCAAUAUUAUUUUACAAUUGUUCUUCUUUUUAUUUUAUUAUUUUUCUUCCUUUAAUAGUGUAUUUGUUUCACGCUUAGCUUUUACAAAAAAUUUGCAAAGUUUCUGGUCGUGGUAUCAUUAGCUAACGAUUGUCAACAACAGGAAACGAGUUUAAUGCAGAUUAGAUACCAUUUGUAAAUUACCAGUUUCUUUUCGGAAAUCAUUACUUUUGGUACGCAUUUAAAAGGCAUGCAGCCGUUGUUUUUGUGUUGUUUAAUUCAGAAUCUGCGGUCUUUUGUUUUUAAUUAUCAGGAGGGUGUUAAGUUCACACUGUGGGAGCUAGUGAAAAUUCCUGGCAAGUACAAAGGAUUGGUGAUGGGGACAGAUGGUUCUAAACUUCGAGAAAUAAGCGCCCAGACAGGAGCAAAAGUCAUUCGCAGCUACAAGGAUGGGGAAGUUUACAUAAAGUUAGGAAAUGACGAUCAAAGGAAGAACGCAAGAGCACUUAUUGGCAACGCAGUGGUAGGAACGCUUUCAAUGGUUUGAAAUGUUGUAGUUAGGGAUUAUUUAGCAAAAUUUUUAAAUAUUUAAAUUUUUGGACCGUCCUGACUCUAAAUUAACGAAUUGCCUUCUAGUACGCUAGAAUGAGAUACAUGUAAAGUUAAGUUGCAGGAAUUAAGCAUGUACAUUAAACCCAGUUUCACGGCAAAUUUUCAGAUAAUUCAUGUCUGCUGAACCCAGUGAUCAAGAAUACUAUCCCAGGAAACUAAAGGGAAAUGAUUUAAUCUCAUCGGGUUUCAAUAUCUCAUUUUACAGAAGAUAAUAGGGCUAUUUAAAUAGUAGUAGCUCCUUCUUUGACUUCCAAAUGUGUAUAUUGUUUUAGUCUGCUGGCAUAAUGAGGGGCAUUGAACGUGAUUCUAACAAAGUCAGCCGUUACAUCGAUGGCUUCAAUCUUCCAGGCAACAAAGUGAAGCUGAAACAAGUGAGAGAAGCGGGUACGCAUUCACAAUUCCGACUAAAACCAGCCCAAGUAUAUGAAACACAGGUAAGGACUAAGUGAGGUGAAGGCGGGGGAGGAUUCGUUGUGAGAUUUUUGCACCCGAGAUUGAAAUCAUUAUCAAAGUGCUCUUGCCUGUGCUCUCGGCUUCUCUUAUUAACUUUGUUCCACGAUAUUUGAGUGUAUCGACUCGUGCAACCGUAGGAAAGAAUAGAAUACAAGAGAUAUUUUUUUUAAGUAUGAACUCAAGACUGGAGAAGUUAGGGCAUUAACAUGCUAUGACCGUUAAGCCACCUCAGUUUGGUUGCAUACCUACCACCAACUGUCGUAGAAUAUAAUGGAAACAUGUAGGUCCAACUUAUUAAGUACAAAAGGCAUGACUGGCAUUAACAACUUGUGCGUCUGUACAUAUCACUGUAGAUAUGAAAUUCAAAUAAACUCAAGAAUUUCAUCGGAAAAGUCAUGUUAAGUCCAAGAGUGGCUAGUUGUUGAAUUAUCUGCAGUUGUACUCUGCUUUGAAACGGAUAUAUAUAUAUUUGAUGGUAUGGCGGCCUCAUCACUACUAAUUCUAGACGAGUAUCGUGUUCUUUAAGGUGCACUAAGGAAGUGUAAAGUAGACAGUGCUCACGGUGGUUUCAUGUGAUGAGUUUAGUGAUUUCGAAUCUUAAUAUUAUUUUUAUCAGGAAUUGUGCAACUCUCAGAGCUACUUAGACUACAAGCGACUCCUCAUGAAAGAUGUUUUGAUGACACUGAAGAAGAUCAAUCACUCAUUAGGAGCCGAGAAACCAAAGGCUGAUAUGUGGUGCCACUUUGGAAGGUUCAAUAUCCGUGUCCCUCGUGAAGGUAUAUAGUCAGUUUGACUCGUCCACAGUCAACUCUUUUGUCUCUUUAUUAAAUGUUAACAAGGGAAGCGGGUGGAAUAUGCGCGAGAGGAAGAUGGAUCCUUUUCCCUCUCUCCUUCUUGUCCCCUUCGCGGAGAUGCUGUAAUAGCCCGCGACCGCCCCGUGACCGCUUACAAAUGAUAAGAGAAGACUAGCGAAGAGUCAGUACUGACUGCAUUUUUGUAAAAAACCGGUAUGUGCGUAAACAGGGUUUCCAUUUAAUUCCGGACGCGACACAAAACUUAAAAGUCCUAGUCAUUGAGGAGCUGGUUAUCAAAUAUAGAGAAGACUGCGGUGAUAUCUUAUCCCAUGCAAACAUAACUCGCGCGCUUUUGUUGUCAUUAUUAGAAAUUUUCCUUGCUGAAACCGGAUUUAAUUUGUUUUCUUAAAUUGUAUUUUGUUCCCGUAUUUGCUUAAUUUUCUGUCUUGUGUUUAAUACUGCUCUUGAUAGAUCUUAUAAUAAAUUUGUAAACAUUAAAUGAACAAAAUUUUUUUCCUUGUUAACAAAAAUGCUAAUAUUCUUAGAGAAAGUUGAAGGAAGAGAGUGGACCAUUGACGAGGUGAUUGGAAAGUUUCAGUCAACAUCUGUGGGACAGUUUUGGAAACUGGCGUUUAUAGAAGGAGUGGAACUUACCGAAAGAAUCUUUAAAGGAAAAUAUAAGGAAAGAUCUGUCGAGGAUGUUCCAUAUUUUGCAAGAUACGAUAUGACAAUCAUAACACCAUGUUUUCAUCAAGUCCGAUGUAAGGUAAUACUAAGAGGGUAAAACAUUAUCUCAAGUUUUAACAAGACUUUGUAAUGGGGAGUAUUUCUAAUCUGUAAACAGUUAACUAAUAUUUGUUUUCAAACUGAAAGUGCCAUUCUUCCCAGAAAAUGUCUUCUAUAAAGAUUUCUCUUUCCUUUGUCUUCCUGGCCUUAGAAUUGCUCUCUGUUACUCCAGGACGUUGUGUACCACAAAACUCACGUAGCCAAUUUCACUACUUAUCUUCUCUAUAAACCGUGCGUGUACUAAUAAAAUGGAGCGAUUGUAUAUUGUCGGUUUAACAAGCUUAUGGACUGAGUAAAAAUCGUCGUGAAAGAAAUUUCUUUACAGUUAUAUCUGUUUUUUUCUAGAGACAAACACUGAAAUUAAAUGAUAGUAAUAAUAAUAAUAAUAAUAAUAUGCUCUAAUAAUAGUUUAUUACAUUGUACUUAUAAAAAGCUGCACACAAAACUUUAGUAAAAUAUUCUUAAAAAGAAAACGUCAAUAUCAAUACAAAAUUCCGGCAAGACCCCUUUGCAAUUAAAAUUUCAAGAAAUCACAAGUCAAAAGUCCCAGUGGAUGACAUAAACGUAAAUAAUACGGAUAAGUUUCUGAUCCAUGAGGCGAGAUAUGAAUCUAUUGCUGUUUACUUUCCGUAACAAUUUCCCGAUAAGAAGAUGUAACUUAAGAUUAAGAGAUCGAUAAAAAAACAUUUAAAAGCAAGGAAACACAUCGAUAGUCCUAUUGGAUGGCUCCUUCAACGACUUCGACGUCAAUAUCAACAUUUCGUAAUGUCAGAUGGCACUCUUCUUGUCCUAGAGCCUCUAAGACAAACUAACGCAGAUCCCAAGAGUGCGAAUGAGUUUCUGGUUCUGAUCCGUGAGAUUGGUUUUGGCAUACUGCUCCCCUUUUUUGAUGGAAAUUAGCUGUGCUAAACGGCUAUGAUGCAUCAAGCACUCCUUUCCCAUUAAUAAUAAUAAUAAUAAUAAUAAUAAUAAUAAUAAUAAUUUGUAGAUAGAGACUAAAAAAUAACGUGACUGCCGCUUAUAUACCUGUUUGGUUUCAAAUAUAACCCUCUACCUUGCAGAUAAACAAGUUAUUUCAUUACAAGCUUGAAAACAGUCCAACGGUCUCCUAAAGAAUCUGAUGUAGUUUUUAACACAUCUGUCUAUCAUGCAGGUAUGGGUUUCGAACUAUAAAGUCAAGAGUGGGUCGGAAAGCGUUCCUAGUGACCUUAAAAACCGUCUGGAGGAGAUUUAUUUUGAAGAUGAAGCAACACGGUUACGGUGCAAAGGAUGGUUGGUUCUAAAAUCCAUAAAGCAUUUACAGGCAGACAUUAUGUUCCCUGGUUGUGAAUUUGACUGUAGAUUCACCAUUCGCGCUCGAACAGGUGAGAGGAACGCUCAAUUAUUUCUAACAUAAUCUUAAGGGGAAACACGUAAGAGCCGUAAUAGGAACAUAAAGGGCACCUUGGGGUAUCCUUAAGGAGUGAGCCAAAUGUACAGAGGACGAAGUAAUGAAUUUACCUUGAAAGGUUAUCCUUUUCGACGAAAUCGUUAAACGCAUAUAUAAUGGAAAAAAAUUAGUUUAUCAUAAUGGUAUCAAGGCCACUAUUGGCAUCGCCCACUUUCUCGUAGUUCCUAAGUAGAAGUUAAAUCGCAAACACUACACAAUCGUUGUAUAUCUGCAAAUUACCGACGAUCAGACAAAUCACUGCUAUAGUCUCUAUAACUGUUGGUUAAGAGUAGUAAUUUCAUGACUACUUACGACAGCAAAAAUGCUUUGGUUCCGUUGUUAAUAGUUGUAUAACGCUAACCACGGAAUGAAGAACCGUUGUCCAACGGUUACGUUUGAGAAAGACCCUUUACAUAAUCAGCUGAGAGAUUUUUUUUAUAUAACCAUCCGUUUUUUAAACAGUUGGGACCAACGUUUUUGCUUGUACAUUUUGUUUUCUCAUUUCAGACCACGUGAUGGUAUCCCAGAGAGCUGUUCCUUUCAAAUGUGCUAUACAUAUGUAUGUAUAUGCAUAUGUAUGCAUAAUUUAUGAAAAGAAAAAACCCAAAACUCCCUUGAGAAAAUCACAUGGAAACAUACUAGCUAAAAAGGUCCAUUAGGAUUGGCCCGUUCUGAUUAAGUCUUCGUCAUUAGCCGCAAUAAACACCCUUGAUUCUUAUUUAUCCCUAAGAAAAGGUUAGGGCCAGUUUUCAUCUAUCCAUUUACUUAUGCCCUUUUAGAAAUGUAAGUCGCUUAUAUUUAUCUUUCCACAGAUAACGCUCUGACCACAGACCCUGCACCAGAAGAGGAAGUUCGAAAGGUUCUUUUACAAUAUCUGUCUGGACUGACUUUGAGCCAAGACGAUGCUUUUGGAAUGUGUCUUCCAGCGAAAGAGCUACCCGAAGGUUUUAGUGUUAUACACAGGCGGUGGUCAUGCAGAACCGAGUACACCUCGGUUCAAGGAUUCCUAAUCAUCCUCUCCAAGGAACUAACCUGGAAUUUGGGAGGAGGCACCAGAGAAUCGGUAUUUUAAGUUAAUAUCGGAUAAUGAUAGUCAUCAGGAGAGGGAAAUAUAGAUUGCCCAUGCUACCACUCUCGCGAUUUAAAUCCUUUGAUUGAUGGAACUUCUACGGACUUCUACCAACACGAAAGUUUGCCUAUUUCAGUGGUAGGCUUUGGUAGAUUGUGCUAGCAUAAUUUUAAGCAUAAUUCAGCAAAACGAGCAGUAUUUUAAGCUUUUAUUUCAGUUUAGCACUGCUGGCAUAAUCCGAGCUUUUAUGCGUUGAAAACCCAUCACAGCUCUAGAAUAAUUCAGUUUGCAGUUUAUUUCUGUAUUGUUUUUGGAAAAUAUUGAGGUCGGUGCUGAGAGCCAUGGUCAAAUAUGGUCCGGCAGGCGGCAGAAGUCACCCUGUACUUAAGACUGAGACUCAGGCCACCACGCUUAUGGCUCGGCGGCUUGGCCCCUCAGAUGGCGUCUUCCUCGAGUACAUCCACUUCCAACACUUCCAGUGCCUUAUCGAGAGCUUUAAUCUCUAGAGAAUGUGUUCCGAAAAGUAAUACCGGAAAGUACAAGGAAAGAGGUAACUCGGAUCCAAAGAACUUGAGUCCUCGUGAUCGAAUCGAAGAAUUCCCAGGGGAAAAUUUGUGUCUUCGAGGUGGAAAACUGUUUUGCAAUGGGUGUAAGGAGAUAUUGAGCUCUAAAAAGAGCAUUCUCAAAAACCACUUGGCUUCCAAAAAACAUGCCGCAGGCAAAGAGAAGUUAAAAGUGACAAAAAAGCGAGAUCAUGUGCGCACAUGCGUAUUUGCCAUGCUAAAGACUGUAAGACUGGAAGGUGGACUAUAUGAAUGUUCAUUAAAGUCAAAAUUGAUAGAGUUAAGCUACUGAUGAUCUUUAUUUUCCUUAAAAUCAGUGUAAAAUCUAAGUAGCAUAAUUUCGGUGACAGAGAGCAUAAUUUUGGCAUAAUUUCUAAAAAGUAUGAGCACAGCUAAAAGCAUAAUAUGCUUUUUUUCGAGCACAAUCUACCAAAGCCUAUUCAGUGGCAUUUGAUCCUAAUUUUGAUUCUUUGUGACCAGUAAAUACAGAUGUCUCUCUUUGUGCUAAGUUCAAAAUAGAAAACCUGAAUCAACUUUACGUUCUAAAAACAGUUAGAUUACACAUACCAGUAGUGGGAGAACCCAGUGAAGGACAAAAGGCAUUGAAAAUCUAGACGCAAUUAUAGCGGCAUAGUAGAGGCCACUGAUGGACCCUUUUUAGGUCAUCCCAGAUACUAAUAAGGGCUGGUGAACUCAUGCACAACCGCCCCAUAAAAUCCAGUUACUGCGGCGUAAUAAACACUGGUACUAUCUCAGAUACUGCUCGGACAUCGCGGAACAUAAACAACCGGAAACUGAAAGUAGGCGGUGGCAUAUGUGAACCAGGCUGAACAAAUGAAACCGUGUGAAAAUGAAAUAAUCGGCAGCAUGUCACGAGCGUGGGACAAAAAAAAAUUAAGUCCCUGACAGGAUUCGAACCUAUGACCUCCCAAACACUGGGCGGGCGCUUUAUCCACUCGAGCUACGGAGAACUCAUGGAGAGCGAAGCCAUAUACUAGGUUCAUAUUUAACGUGCGUCCUGCAUACUGCUAGGAUCAGCGAUGAUGUCCAUGUCUUACUAUGUGUUGAAAGAAUGAAGUUGUGUGGUGAAAGAACAAAGUUGUGUUUUCUUUGUAGACUGAUGUACAUCUACACUGCGAGGAGUGGGAUUUGGCACUAAGUAGAGGAGUGCCGUGGGAACCAGAGGCCAUAGUAAGGAAGCUACCUGAGUUUCUAGAGUUCGUUAUGGAAGUGCAAGGGCAUGUCUUCUAUGAAAUGAACAUGGUUGAACUGAGAAAAACAAGUAUGUUAACUCUAUCAAAUACAUUAGUCAAAACUUAGUACAUUAACAAGUGAUCUAACUGAUUACCUUACCUAGUCCCUGUUCGGCGUUUUCCCAGUCGCUAUCGGUCAAUUCACUUCAGUGACAUAUGCGAGGCGAACGCGCGGCAAACGGCCUUACAUUUUCGCAUAGACCACGUGACCCGAAGCGCUUUGGCCGCGCGGAAUAAUAAGGCCUUGGGAACAGAUUACCUACACGUAUACCUCGAGUAUUUAUCGUGAUACUAAGCUAGUGAAUGUGCCAGUUAGCCUUGGCCUUGUUGGAGUUGUAAUAUACGAUGAGGAAUUCGUGUUUUUGUCUUUUAAACGUAUAAAUAAUCUGAUAAAUUCAGUGAGCUAUUUUUUCUAUCCCUUAGCUCCACCGGAGAUUCUUGCAAGGGGUCCAUCUGCUUUGGAAGCCUAUAAAAAAGCCCUUGAAGGUGGGAAGACUUCAGUUAAGAGGGUUCCAAUAAUGCUUAUUGGACAAGAUCGGGCAGGAAAAACAAGCUUAAAGAAGUCGUUGAAAGGGAUUUGUUUCGACCCAAAUGAAGACAGCACUGUUGGAAUAGAGGUCGAUCCUUCGUAUUUCAGUGUAUCCACUGAGACAUGGAAGACAGGAGAGAAAACUCAGGACGAGGAUUUGGACACAAUGAUUUCCUUUGACUACCACAUGGCUUUGACUAUGACGGAACAAAUUGUGGCUAGUUUAAAGGAGACAGGAAAAAACACAGAGAUUGCGACGAAUGCAGAGGAAAGUCAGGAUAGCAUUGAUAUAGAAACAAAUGACGUACCAGGAGAACACCAUUAUGCCGAGCAGCCAACAAGUUCUGAGCAUAUUCAAACAUCCGAAAAUACAGCACCCACCCCUAGGCAAAAUAUAUCACAUGUAUCUCAUCCAACAGAAAAAAAAAAUGAAGACCUUAACUUCCCGUCCUCAGUUGUUCCUGAAGAGGUAGCAACUGUAGCUGAAUCAUUUCUGCGGGGUGAUCUGAAUGAUGGGAGAGAAGACAUCUACUCAACGUUUUGGGAUUUUGCUGGACAAUCCGUUUACUAUGUGACCCACCCACUUUUCCUCACCAGAAGAGCAAUUUAUUGCUUAGUGUACGAUCUCAGCUUAAAUCCAGAAGGUAUAGCCAAGCCUGUUGUAAAGCAAGGUGUUUACAAAGAAGUCCUAGAAAAUUGCGGUCUCAAAACUAAUUUGGAUUAUCUUGAUUUCUGGAUGAUGUCUGUGGCCUCACUCACAAGCUGUCAAAGUGAUGCUAGCCCUCAAUCAGACCAUCUACCAGAAACGCUGCCACCUGUCUUGUUAGUGUGCACUCAUGCAGACACACCUUACGAUGGUCGUAAUCCAAAAAAAGUAGCCCACGAGAUCUUUGGGUUUCUGAAGAACAAGCCAUACGGUGGCCAGCUGCAUGACGUGUUCGUCGUGGACAACACAAGCCUGAAGGUCAAUAACUCCGAAUGCCCAGAAAUUGUACGUCUGCGGCAGGAGGUCCUUGCUGUCGCUAAAAUUCUACCUCACAUAGACGAAGUCAUUCCAGUCAAGUGGCUGAAAUUUGAGAAGGUCCUUAAAGUAGCGAAGGAAAAGGCAUACAAAUGCAUCAACUUGGAGACCGCUAGAGUUCUUGGACGAAACGCUUGUAACAUUGUUGAUGACGGCGAGUUUAACACUUCACUGGACUAUUUACAUGAUUUGAGAAGUAUAAUUCAUUUUAAAGACACUGAAGAAUUGAACAAAAUGGUAGUCUUGAAUCCGCGGUGGUUAAUUGACGUUUUCAAAAAGGUGAUAACUAUCAAACCUCAUGAUGCUAGAGAAAACAACUACUUGAAGCUUUGGUGUAAGCUGGAACGGAACGGAAUUCUGGAUGAGAAACUUCUAGAACAUGUAUGGGGUCGCUUGUUUAACAAAAAAGAAACGUGCGACAGUCUUAUCGAAAUAAUGAAUAAAUUUUGCUUGCUAUGCCCUUGGCCAUCAGAUCCUUUAAACGGCAAGAGCUACCUAGUACCUUCCAUGUUAAAGUUGCCCCCACCGGCGAAAAUGUCUCAGCUGAUUGCCUCCGCAAAGUUUCCGUCUCUUUUUAUCAAAUUCGAGAAUGGCCAAGUCCCUCUAGGUUUUUUCCCGCGUCUGGUAAUUCAGUUCUUCCAAUGGGGCAAAGAAAAACUGUGGAAACCAGGGAAUCCUCAUUUGUUUCGUAAUUUUGCCAGGUUUUUUACCAUUACAGAUGAUUACUCGGUUAUUUUGAUUUGCCACUCUUCAACAGUUGAAAUUGUAGUUCACGGAGGAAAUUGUAGCCUUGGAUCAGCUGAGAGUGUGUCGUCGCAGCUAUCACAGUCCGAGGACUUGCACCCUGAAGACACUGCUGGGUUAACCUGUUGUCGAGCUGUGAGUGAGCAGUUGGGAUUGAUGCUUGAGUGUAUGCGCAAUGAGUUCUUCUGGUUAAGAAGUAUGAAGUAUGAAAUGACUGUCACCUGUACAGUCUGCUGCAAGCGAGGAGCUGUUGAAUACUGUCAGGCUCAUAACAUACAAUACUGCAAAGAAGAGCAGUGCCUUCACUUCCUGACACUUGCCGAGUUGUUCCGCUCCAAAAAAGACCUGGUUUGCUCCAGAUCAGCCUUCGCCAAUAAUUCCAGUAUUCAGGUGAUGCAGUUCGCUCCGUGGUUUCCCUCAGAAGAGCAGUAUGUAAGUAACUUUAAGAUACAGGGGAACCCUAUCUUCAUUUUCUGGGUGACCCUAUUACGCAUAAUCAUCAAAUGACCUUUAGAGACAUACGGUAUAAGUUUUAUCGAUACUAAGUCUAUUGCAUAGAGUUACAUAGCAACGAAGCAGUACGUGCGCAGAUCGGCGAGGUUGACUCUUUAUAAAAGUGUUUAACUCGGGUCACAUAACAUUGUUGAGGUUAAGCUACACCAAGACGCGGCUUCCUCUCACUACUGUUUGUCCAAGUGGCCCUUACCAAGUAUGGCUCUUUCCCAUACUUAAGUUAAAAGUGUCUGUUGUCCCUAUUUGCCGGUUUAAACAACUGUCUGUAGGGCGGUAGUCCUCCUCUUUUGGCAGUACAAGUGUAAUUCUACUGUUGUCUUGGUAGAGAAGGUUUUGAGAAACGUUAACACCGGUAAGGAUGGAAUUGACAACGCAGAGUGAACGUUGCCAUCAAGUGGUCAUGCGAAUUCAUGUGCUAUCGUUUCUUGACAUGGCAUUACAGUCCUCAUAAACAGCAAAUAAUUAUAUAUGAUUCAAGAAAAUUGCUUCUCAUCAACGUGCACUUUUUUUUUUCAACCAGCACGCUACUAAUUUUUGCCAGCAUACUGGGUACCGUAGAAUUCAGGGACGUCCGUGACUUUAUCUUUAACAGAGCAAAAGUGUCGUUUUGAUGGUUUUGAAGCUCAGAAAGCAAUGAAUUUCUCUCAUAAAUCUCCAACAGGUACACGGCGAACCUGAUGAAAGGCUCGUGUGGAAUGAUGAAGGUAGGUCUAUACGAACAACAAUUAAAUUGUGCUUUAAUUAAAAGGAUAUUUUAAGGUAAUAAUCCAGAAAAUGAAAUCUUUAAAUGCCUAACCGCAUGUAAAAGGGACACAAAUGAAAAGGACCUCGUCCAAGUUACCCUUCCAACCGGAAAUUUGAUAUCUCACAUUAGCGAUCUUUUUUGGGUCGAAAACGCAUCAAAAUGAAAACGAUGACCGAAAAUAUAGUAGGCGCAUGUUUUUUGUAACAUGUGCGUCACAACGUGAAAUUCUAUCGUUUUUGAACGUUUUAGUGUGGAGAGUCCAAAACGCAUCAAAUUGGUAGUGUGGACGAGAAUCGAUCGAUGUGUUUUAAACUUGUAGUUUUGAAAACGCAAAAGUGUGGACAUGGCCUUAAUUAAGUCCAGUAAGGCGUUAAACACCGAUUGAAUAGUAUAAAUAUACUAUUGUUUAGCAAAUAUAAGAUUGGAGGGAUUAAAAGGAAGGCUAGCAAAUUAUUAAACAUCCCCUUGUAUAAGCCGAGUACCGGACAGAGAAGAUUCCACUACCGCAUGGUACACAUUUGGAACAAUCUAGACAGUACUCUUAAAACUGCAAAAUCGAUUUCUACUUUUAAAUUUUGUCUGAAAAAUAAGUUGAUUUCUGACUUUUUAAAUAACACGUUAUGAUAGUAUUUUAGUAUCUUACUAGUAUCUUAUUUUAUUUUAACUAAAAGUAUGCAUAUUGUAUAGUACGUAGUGAGAAUAUUUAUUAUACGAUUAAUUCUUAAAUAGGUAUGUUUAUAUUGCUUUGUUCGAAUUGUUAACUACUUCUCUUAUCUUAAUUAGUUUUUUUUUUUUUAGUCGCAUUGUCACUGAAAAGCCCCACCAGGGGAGUGUCAAUAAACUAUUGUAUUGUAUUAUUGCAAAUAACUCUGUUAUACAGACUCGCCGUUAGACUCAUAGCUGACUUAUCGUGCAACUCUCUGCCUGACCACAAUUAGACUUCUUGGCUUGUGCAAAUACUCAUGGUGACUAAGAUCUCAGGAAAUGGUUUGCUUUUUGCUUUUUUUUUAGGUUUUUUUUUUGGCAGAAUACCAGUUGUAUUAGAAAACCGCAGGUCAUCUCGGGGGGGUGCGCACCCCUGCACCCUCCCCCUAGAUCCGCCCCUAGGAUUUUUACCGGAAAUGAAAAUCGUCAUGCCGUUCAGUUUACCAUGAAAAUUCCUGUGAUAGGAUCAGCAUAUUACUAAGCCUUUUGGUAAUUUAAUUCUUGAGAAAACAAUAUCUUUCUUCCAAUACGACAAAGAGCUGAGCCAUCCACCGAUAAAUACAUGCAUCUUAGUAUCAUAGAUACUUUAACCUCACAACCUAUAACACUCUAUAAUCGUAUUCCGUUUCGUAGGAAAUGGAGAGAAAUCGGUGGCUCUUCCUGAGGAUGUCUUGAAGUCACUUAUAUCGAGAUCUUGUGAUUCCAAGGAAGUUGUUUCCCAGUUUAAAGAAGCCCUUCAGCUGGAUGAGUCCGCUCUGAAAAAGCCAGAUAUCCAGACCAAACGGAAGAUUCGUUGUUUGGCUAGGCAGGCUAAAUGCUCAGACAGGUCCGACGUUAUCAAGCAGUUAAGAGACAUAACACCUGCAGGAACAACGGGUGAGUCUAGGGUUUGUCACGUUAUAUCACUGAGGAAAAAGGUACCGUAACCAAAUGUCUUUUCGAACUUUGGCGUCAAGAUCUGUAUGAAGUAACAAUCAUUUAAAUGACUUCUGUGGAAGCUUGUAGAGUAAUAGGCCACCGAGAUACUUCCACCAAUUAUUUGUCGUUUGACCUUUCCUCAAAUCUCUUAUUUAUCUUAACCACCAGUGCACCAGCAUAUGCCGUAAUGUUAAAUGUGCUUGUUUCUCAUUAGGUCCUUUGAUGAAAGACAGUCUUGACGUGCGAAAAAUUCCUCAUUCCUUGGCAGAAAAGCUUACCAUCGCUUUGUGUGGUAUGACCAAAUUUCACUGUUUUUACUGAUUCACCUACUCACACAGUGUAUUUUAAAAUUUAAAAAUUAAAUUAUCUGUUGGACUGAUACGCCUCCUCAUUUCAAACAUGACAAUAUAAGGUCCAGCAAAUGAGAACUGGGGCGGCCUUCUUUUAGGUCGAUUAACCAAGGGAUCAGAGUACAAUUUCCCGAUUUUCUCUCACGGCCUAUGAAGAGUUUACGUUUUUUUUAAGGCAUCGGUGAAAGUGUUUGGUAUACAUACAUGCAUGCGUAUGAUCAGCAACCAUAAUCGCAUGUAUAACCGCAAGCGUGGGGUCCUCGCGGUUCCAUAGAGAUAGAUAUAUGUGCUAUUUUUAGAACAAACUGCGCCACCCUCAACGCCUCAAACUCGUGCGGGAACCCGCAAAUUUGUGCGGCUCUCGUGUGGAAUUUCAGGGGAUGGGCGAUCAUCUUGCAUCUGUUAUUAAGGGCUCUCUGAACCUUCUUAGUGCUUCAUAUCUCGACGUACAAUACAUGUGCAAUGGAAGAAUGAGCCGGUGCUAUAUAAACAUUACUACAAUUCUAUAUGUUUAUCGCAAAAACCUCGCGAAGAUGUAAUUAGCCAGCAGUAAGAAAAAAGGUAAACAAGCCAAAAGGGAACAAUGUGGUAUCAUAAAAACAAGAAAACAAAACAAAACAAAAGAUAAAAGCAAAACGAAAAGACAUUAUCAACAAAGAAAAAAAGACCUUAGUCGAGAGUCGUACCUGGACCGUCUGCACGGGAGGUCGGCUCUUAGACCACUGCGCCACGCUAUCAAGGAUAAUGUUAAUGGGAAAAUUCUUGUAUGCUGAAUUGAAAGAUAUAUUUGAAGAAAAUUAGCCAUAAUUUUUGUUGUUGUUGUUAACUUUCUGCCCUCCUUUUCCCCGCAAGUUUUUUUUUGUUUCGUCCGAACGGGAUAUUCAUCGCACGACUUCUCCGACAUCUUUUUCGUCACUUUUUGUCUUUGUCAAAAACACUCACUACGGUGAUUAACAUUAGCAAAACCACAUUCGCAGUCCCUAUAUUCAGGUCUUGCCUCAAAUUCAGACAGAAAUGGAAUUUACUCAUCUCUUGCGUUGGUAAUUUCCGACGCCAUUUUGUUUGUGUAUCAUUUGCACGGCGCCCUCGCAAAAAUGCGCGCACGUGUCACCCGAGAUGGCGUAGUUUGUGCUAAAAAUAGCCCAUUUGGCAUUAAUGGAAAAGGUAUCCAGUUAGGGUCUCCUACCCCGGUUAUGGCUCCUGAUAUGAUCGAUUCUCCGUAUUUUACAGAGCCCUUAUAUUUUUUGUGUUGCAGGAGGAGACGAGUGGAAGCUGGUUGCUGAGAGACUGGGUUUAGAUCAAGAAAAAAUUCGUUUUCUUGACAAGCGCACCCUGAACCCAGCUGAUAUUCUAAUUGGUUAUAUCGCAAAUCAGCGUCAUUUGACUGUAGCAGAUCUUUAUGAAGUUUUGUGUGAUUGUGAGCUUCCUGUUAUAGCCGACACUUUGUAAAGAAAAGUAAAAAAGGAAUUGCGUCUUGUGGUUGAGAAAAGGUGUUCCUCAUUUCUUCAGCAUCUGGGCC